AUGACUGUACUGAUGACGACCAACAAGUCUGAAAUACUUAAUCUUCUGGCAACCACAGGUGACUCAACAUUAUCAUGGACCUCACCGAUUUUUCCGAAACUGAUGUCAAACGAUACGUCAAGUAACCCAUUAGGAAGACCAAUAACAAAACAUGAAGACUCAAUUAUAGGUUCAAUCUUGAACGUAGGAGCUCUCAUUGGACCGCUCAUAUUCAACUUCAUAACUCGUCGAUUCGGCUAUAAAUACACCUUGUUAGGAUUGGCCAUACCGCAUAUAGUUUCAUUUUUGGUUCUAGCAUUUGCAAGAAAUAUUUACCUUUUCUACGCAGCCAGAUUUUUGGCCGGACUUUCACUAGGAGCUGGAUAUUCCUUAUUUUCCUUGUAUGUAGGAGAAAUAUCAGAUGAUUCGAAUAGAGGAGGGAUGAUUGUAAUAACUAACAUAUUUUGGUCAUUAGGUAACUUCCUGCCUUUAGCCAUUGGACCAUAUACUUCUAUUAUGUCUUUCAAUUUGAUUUUAACGGUCCUUCCAGUUUUAUUUUUUGUACUCUUCUUUGGCAUAGGAGUGGAAAGUCCGUAUUAUUUAAUUCGUCAAAAGGAAGAGGAGAAAGCUGAAGAGGCCCUUAUGUAUUUAAGAGGAAAGAACAAGAAAGAUAUCACGGAAGAACUUGGUAAAAUAAAAAAUUUUGUAGAACACAGUACCGAAGGUCGUAUUCAAGAUAUUUUUACUGACAAGGUUUUAAGAAAAUGCAUAUUGAUUUGUAUCUUAUUGCUGGCUACCCAAGAUUUGGGAGGAUAUUGCUCCAUACUUUAUCAUCUAACGUUGAUUUUUAAAGCAGCUGGUUCAGAAAUUUCCGAAGAUACAGCUGCUUUAAUAGUCGGCAUUGGUCUAUUUGCAUCUAGCUUUUUAGCUCCAUUUUUGGUUGAUUACUUUGGACGACGACCUUUACUAAUAACAUCAGCUUUAGGCAUGGGUCUUUCGCUAGGGGUAUUAGGAUUAUUCUUCUUUCUUCGUAACCACCAUUUCAAUGUUGAGAGUAUUAAAUUUUUGCCUCUGCUCAGCUUAAUAUGCUAUAUUAUCUCUUAUAAUCUUGGUAUCAACACAGUUCCUUGGACUUUAAUCUCUGAAUUAUUUCCGAGUAGUGUCAAACAAGAAGCCUCUACUAUUGGCGCAUUUUGCUGUUGGUUUACGACAGCUGUUGUUACCUUUAGCUAUAACUACUUGAACGAUGCACUUGGUGUUUAUGGUACUUUUUGGUUGUUUGCUUGCUGGUGUCUUUUUAGUGCCACGUUUUGCUUCUUCUUUGUACCUGAAACAAAAGGAAAGAGCUUUAUAGAAGUCCAAAAAAUGCUUUAUGCCCAAUAG